GAGCAGGGUUGUAUCGUAGGACGUAGCAGCCAUCUUGUUUAUGGAUAAUUACUGGAGUAAUUAUUACAUUUUUGUGAAAUAUCAGAACUUGGACAGUUGACUGAGUUAACAGAACACCACUUUUAAGUGUUAAGCGAAGUGUUGAGAACUCUGUCAGCCCUUGCAACUUUAGUGUUAUUAGUUUUCCCGAGGUUUCAUUUCUUUGACGGCCAUAGAAGUACAGGUGGCAGCCAGCGUCCCUUAAUCUGACGGCCUUUCAGUCCCCUUUUCAAGAUCACUGAGCGAGUCUGCUGGCUGCUUAAGAACUUGCCGGCUUUCUUGUCGUUGUGGUUUGAGACUUAUGGGCUUCUCUGGUACCUGCGAGCGGCUCCUGUGAAUUCUCCAUUUGGGGAUUCGAGUCCUCAUUCGAGUGGGUGAACCUGUCUUUUUUUCCAGCUCUAUCCCAUCACCAGUGGGUUUCAGUUUGUGCCGCGCGCUUGACCCAUGCGAGGAGCAGCUCGCGGCGCUGUAUACUACUAGGGAUGAUGAACGGAGGAUAAAUGCUGCCCAAAGCUGACAGCAGCACUUUUUUCCUCCUUAUACUUCUCUUCUUGGCUCUGGCUGAGCCUCUGCAGCCCGAGCUCCGUUGUAGCCCUGAUCAGUUUGCUUGCCGUACUGGGUCAAUCCAAUGUAUACCUGUGGCCUUUCAAUGUGAUGGCUGGAAGACCUGUGAAGACGGAAGCGAUGAAGUAGACUGUCCAGGUCAAACAGGGAGUCAGAAAUCGUACCAUGGGAAGGAGAGCUUGGAGUCCAGAUAUAACCGUGGGAGAGGAGGAGAGUCAACUCACUACUUUACAGGGAAUAUGGCACCUGUCCGAUUUAUCAAAAAGUGCCCCUCUGGAUGGCAUUACUAUGAAGGCACAUCAAGCUGCUACAAGAUGUAUUUAAAUACUGAAAAUUACUGGGAUGCAGUUGAGACGUGCCGAAAAGUAAAUGGGUCCUUGGCUACAUUCACUACUGACCAGGAACUGAGAUUUGUACUGGCUGAAGAGUGGGACAUGGAUAAUCGUCACUCUGGAAGGAAGGAUCCAUGGAUGUUAUGGGUUGGUUAUCAGUAUGUUAUAACAAACAAAAGUCGUGGAGUUGAGGGGCGCUGGGAAGUGACUCAUGAAGGCUCUUCUGAGGUUUUCUUGCCUCCAGUACCUACUACUGUUGGGUCCAACAUGCCAGAACAUGAUACAGUUUUGUGUGCACAACUUCAGUAUUACCACCAGCUAAAUCUGCGAAGCCUUGGUUUACAUGGCUGGUAUCCUGACAAUUGCUCAAAAAAAUCUGCAUUCCUUUGCAAGCGAGGUCAGACCUGCAUUGACAUUAAAGAUAAUGUUGUUGAUGAAGGCUUUUACUUCACACCAAAGGGAGAUGACCCUUGUCUGAGCUGCACCUGCCAUAAUGGUGAACCAGAGAUGUGUGUGGCUGCACUUUGUGAGCGACCUCAGCGCUGCAAGCAGUUUCUCAAGGACCCGAAAGAGUGCUGCAAGUUUACCUGUCUAGAACCAGAGACAAACAGCGUCUUUGACUCUAUGGCAAGUGGUAUGCGCCUCAUUGUCAGCUGCAUAUCUUCCUUCCUCAUUCUCUCAUUAUUGCUGUUUAUGGUCCAUCGAUUGCGGCAGAGACGUAGAGAGCGCAUUGAGUCUCUUAUUGGAGCAAACUUGCACCAUUUUAACCUUGGACGGAGAAUGCCAGGUUUUGAUUAUGGUCCAGAUGGUUUUGGCACUGGUCUGACACCGCUUCAUCUGUCAGAUGAUGGAGAGGGAGGGGUCUUCCACUUUCAUGAUCCACCUCCCCCAUAUACUGCCUAUAAAUACCCGGAUAUACAGCAUCCAGAUGACCCACCACCACCAUAUGAAGCCUCCAUAAAUCCAGACAGCAUGCUUCAUACUAGCACUGAUGGUGAUAAUCCACCGACAGACCAGCUCAUUCAGUCAUCAGUUACACCUAAUGAGACGGCUGAGGGAUCAUCUCUUUCAACAGAGCUUCCAUCGAUGGAUCAGGAAGGCUCCAUUGAUAGCAGCACCCUUUUGGUUCCAUCUGAUGCUUCCUUGCCUGAAAACACUUCAGGAAAUAUUGUGGCAAGCAGCCGCCCAAGUAACUGUUCACUAAGCACCAUUGUUUAAAGCAAGUGGGAGAUGGUGGCUGCUUAAUCACAAAAUUAGGCAACUGUUUGCACACUGCCGUACAGAGGCAGGUUGCAGUAGCUCUUGUUUUGCAGUUUUACUUUUUAGCUUUUUUUUUUUUUUUUUGACUUUGUUUUUCUCUUUUAAAUAGUAAUUGGGGCCCUAAGUUCUCUGCCAUGCAGAUAAAAAGUAAGCAGGAGUUUGUUGACUUCUUUGGAUUGGGGCCUCUCUUGGGUGGUUUGUUUUGGGAGACCAGCAAAUCUGCAUCUGAAUGUAAAAUUUCCUGAAUUAAAACUGUUUGGGGCAUGGGAAGGUUAAAUUCUGAGGAAAGACGUGACUUUUUUUUUUUUUUUUUCUUGAGUUCUAUGAUGGCAUCUCUUAAGGGAGAGGAAGAGAGAAAGAGAGAGAAGCCCUUUUCUGAGGGGGGCUUUUAUACAUGUUGCUCUCUUCAGAGCUCACAGUAGGAAAAGCCAGGUUAAAUGGAGCCAAGUGUUUGGUCAUUAUAUGGGAAUGUUUAUUUUGCUUUUCUGUCGGUUGUGUGAAAAGAAAAUAGUGACUUAAGUAUGUAAGGCUGUCCUCGUGUAACUGCUCAUUUACAUUUCCAGGGCUGGCUAAAACAUUCCCUGUCCUGUAAAAUUCUGCUUCUAUUAGAAGCAGUGAUUUUAAUUUUUAUGCUGCUGCUGUUUUUGGUUAGAAUAGUGAUAUUUAUCUCCCAGGAGUUGGGUUUACCUUUGAUGUAAAAUGAUGUGUUGAGUAUUGAAGCAGUAGCCAGUGAGAAUCAGAACAUGCUUCAGUGAUUUCCUGUUUAUUUCCAUGUUGCAGUAUUCAUAAUAUGAGGGAUUCCCUGCCUAGGCAACCUGAACAUCUGGCGAGAAUAUACCAGAGAGUUUUACUACUGCUGUGUACGUGCAAUGUUACACACUGGCAAGCAGCCGGCAUAGGCCAUAAAAAUGACGUCUGCUUGUACGAUACUCAGAACUCUGCCGCCAGUCCAUAUGUCAUGUUCUACUGUUCGUCUGAUCGUUGAGAAGUUGCUCUUUUAGAUAAGUGCCCCAUUUGGGAAUUUGUGUAUUCUUGCUACUGCAUGUUUUUCUGAGAUUAACGUCAGCCAAGAAAGGCAAGUGCCAUUGUAGAAGAUUUUCCACACAGAUAACCACAGUCAGUGUCUCUUCUGUCUGGGAUCCACUCUCGACUAUAAGUCUUGCAUGAUCUGUCAGGUGUUUGUCCCUAGGACGCUCCGCAGUCGUCUUUCUGCCCUUAACAUCUACCUUGAGGAUCAGAGACUCGAGCAACUAGUGCUUGCAAUGGAGGGUACAGCAGGGGUCUCUGGUGAGCCUUUGAAGAAAAAGGUUAGGCCUGAAUCUUUGGCUGUGCCUCUGAACCCGGAUGUCCCUCUGAAGGGCCAGUGAAGGCCUGGAGGUCUGUUUGGUGCUUGGUUCUCUUCCUGCAGCCUGCACUGGUUUGGAAGCUGUUGAGACUUCCAUUAGCAUUUCCCCAGAGUCCUUGCAGAUAUCCACUCAGGAUGGUAAGGGGAACUGCAUGCCACUUUUUUGGACAUUCCUCAUAGUACCUCUCCUGGCUUAGCUCUUCAAUGCAGUCUGUGUGUGCAGGAACCCAGGCCUACAUCGGCCCUAAUAUCCCAGCCUAGGGUUGGUCCUCCCUCUAAAAAGAAACAAAAACAUGUUUCCUCUUCUCAGCAUCCUUCUCCAGACUGGCAAGCAUUUUCCCAAGGAAUUCUUAAUGCUUUCCUAGCCCUAAGUAUUUCCUCUGUUCAAGCUCCCUACUCAGUUUCUCUUCCUCCCUCUUUACCUAAUGUGGAACAAGAGGCCUCUGCAGAAGUAGUAGUUUCAUCCUCAGAUGAGUGUUUAGCCUACUCGACACAAAUUGACUCCUCCCUGGGUUAUGCUUCCCCUGAAGUAAAUUCCAGUGGUGGGGACUCCCCUGAGGAAGACAUAUCCUUUGGAGAGACUGUCUCAAUGAUAAGAGACUUUUUUCAUUGGGAAGGCUUGUGUCUGAAGUGCAGAAGAGGUAUUACGAUCUCUUGCAGAUGGACUCCCCUUCUCCUUCAGCUAUUCUUCCUGUGCUUCUUGCUUUCCCGGGUGCUUUUCUUUCAGUGUCAAAAAAUCCAGACUCUCAACCACCAGCUCCACAAAAGCCAGACAGGUACUAUAAGGACCCCGAAGACCGGGGAUAUCUUUUCAAAUGUCCUUCUGCUGAUCUGGCUGUUAAUUCAGUGUCUGCAGAUAAACCUUCCAGACUGCUGCCCUCCAUGACCCUUCUCCCCGCAGAUUGAGAGAGCAAAAUGAUGGAGAGGAUAAGGCAAGUCUACACACACUCUUAGUUUUCAGGUCGAUUAACUGUCAGACUUGUAUGUUUAAAUAUGUUCUGGCCCUGCUGUCUGAAGAACUGUUGACAGAUCUCCCUAACUCUGCAGCCAAAGCACAGAUUUCAUCUCUCUUGACAGCCUCUUCCCAAAUAACUAGGCACUGCAUUAACUGUAGUUAUGAUGCAGCUGAGCUAUCUGCUAGAUCAGCUGCUUCGGGAUAUCUCCUUAGGAGAUACUUCUGGCUAAGAUUGCAGCCUUUGCCUGAUGAUAAAGGCAAAACUUAUGGCUGUACCUCUUGACAAUACUGCCCUUUUUGGUGCUAAUGCUGCUGCCCUUUUCAAAACUUUACAAGAAAUAGGGAAGGAGUUACAGGAACUGAGGCAAAGUUUUGUCUCCCCAGUCUCUAAAUAUCAUAGGAAUUACCCUUCCAAACCUCAUUUUGUGAGGAAAAAGGCAUGCACUCCUCCCAUCCCUGACCAGAAAGGGACAUGCAGGCAAAGUUCCCCCAGAUCACAACCAGCUUCUGCUCUAGAGCCCUCCUUUCCUGACAACCCAGGUGGUCUGUGACUACCUGGCCAGUCUUUCCAACAUCCCUCUUUCCCAGUGUCUUUCAUUUUCUUCCUUCCUGGACAAGCAUUACCACAGACGUGGGUCGUUUCCAUUGUUCAGGAUGGCUAUUACGUGAUCUGGAAUUACAUUCUACCUUUCAUGGGCAUCCCCCAACCCCCGCGACACCAGAUCCUCCUUUUUCAUCAGGUAUGAAGACUUGAUCUCUCAGGGGACCUUUCAAGAAGCUCCCCCUAUCCAAAGAGAAAAAGGGUUCUAUUUCACUAUGUUCCUAGUCCCCAGAAAAGAUGGUCCAUGGAGGCCAAUCUUAGAUCUGUCCCAACUCAGUCUAUUCCGUCAGGUGGCCACCUUCCCCAUGCUCACUCUCCAGACUCUGUUCCCACUUUUGCUUCCUCAGGCCUUUCGGGUUUCUCUAAACAUCAAGGAUACACACCUUCAUAUUCCCAUUCAUCCUCACUUCAAGAAAUACUUAAUGUUUUUUUUCUG